AGAAUCGGUUGUGUCGGAAGUUAAAUUUCUUUAUGGCAAAGUCGGCUGAACACUCCACACGACCUUAACAGGACAAUAUGGGCGAUUCUGCAACCGGCGAGCCUUGGGAUCAGCUGGAUACCCUGGAUCUUCAAUCUGCCGUAGUUGAUGGCUUUGCCCGUCUGAUAGCCAUAGAUCACAGUCAGCCCACCGAUCAACCUCUUGACGAGGCACUCUCCGCCCUCUCUAUCGAUCAGGUCAACUCCAAUGAACCCCUCUUGAAUCGGUUACAUUCUGAGCUUCUUCCCCUCCUGAAAGAGCAACUCAACACCAUCUCUCUGUCACUCAUCCCAUCUACAAUAUCAUCGAAAGAACCAGACAAGAAACUACUUAGGCUAAUCCUACGUACCCAGUCGGAAAUCGAGCGCACCAUAUACCAGAUCAGAUCGAUGAUCACUGCCGUUUGUCCCGUGUGUUCGGGUCCGAUUUCGGAGGUUUCCGUCACCCAUCGAACCGACGAUCAGCAUCUCAAAGCCCAAAAAUCAUUCAGGCUCUUCCGAGUACAAGAAUUGUUUAAUCAAUCGGUCAUGUUCAUCAUGCACCCAGUUUUCACUCAGGCUCAAGGGCUUUUUCAUCAACUUGUUACAAUCCCACCGAACGAAUUGAAGCCGGAGUCUGACAGGCCUUCGUACAGAGGAGAAUUGACCUUCUUCAUCUCCUGUGCCUCAACUGCGAUCGACUGGACUAUCCGAACAAUAAAUGGCCCUGAGCUUGAGAUCGCCCAAGAAUACUGGAAAAGAGAACUACCUUGGUUCAAUUUCUAUAUCCGGGAACUCCUCGAACUGACCACCCCACUACCGCCAACAGCAAUCGAAUUGACGGUAGAACGACAACAAGAUCUGGGUGUACUUGUCCAUGGGACCGUCAUCCAAGUCGCCAAACUGAUAAUACCAAUCAUAAAGUUAAUAAGGCUUUUAUUCAACAAGUUAUCAAAACGUCCGAUGAAUCCGAAAGAAGGCUUCCCAUUGUUCACGGAGAUGUGUUCCAGUCAACUCGAAUCUUUAGCUAGGCAACUCAAAAGAAUCUCGCAAGAUAUCAAACUACUCCUAGACCUCUUAAACAAAGCUGAUAGGUCAUUCGACGACAUGAUCAGCUAUGAGUUCACGGGGGUGAUCCAAAAUCUCAAAUCUCGUUUAGAUUCUUUAUUACUCCUCAUCCUCCUUUAUUUUGUUCCUUCAAUACAGAAUACCGAUGCCUUUCCAACUCAAGAUGAUUAUAAGGCUUGGUUGGUUACUUGGAACACUCAGCUCAUUUUAUCUAUUCAUAACUUUGACGAUGCUGUCCGAUUAUUCCAUAACAAUCCGUUCUAAUUACAUAUUAUUGUUUUGUUCUCUGCUCCCGUUGACAAUGACUUCUUACUCUAAAAAAGAGUGAUACACUGAG